AUGGCGUUUCUCGCAAUACCCCCGCCACCUCCGAGCCACCGCCGACGACCACCGGUCCUCUCGGACUCGCCAGCCUCCGCCGUCAUCACCAUCGCCGCCGCCACCAAGCCUACAACGACACCGACCGACGCACGCCGCCCAGCCCGACCACCAUCACGACCAACACAUCGAUCAACGCAUCAUGCCACCGCGCGCCAACCGGCGCCCUCCACGGCCGGGUUAACGGCCACCGUGCGGCGACCGAUGCCUCCUGGAGCGGGAGGCCAGCCAGCAUUGAGCACCGCCGGGCGACCAGCUACAAAGUCGCGCCAACCCCCGACCGGCACACCUCGGUCGGCGCCAUCAGACGCCGCGUGCCGAUCGACCACGCGUCCACCGGCACCCUCCACCGCCGUGCCGCCGACCGAUGAACUUCAAACAGCAAAAACUUGCGCCGGAAGUACGUCAUCGAAUCUAGUUACUUUCCAGAAUGCUGCUGCUUUUCACUGCUCAUGA